AUGCAACAACAAGUCUUAGAGGAUGAUGUGAAGGAUAAACAUUAUCAUUCGGAAGAAGGCUUGGAUGAUGGCAGUAGUAGUAACAGCAAAACUUCAUCAUCAACUUUAUCUACUAAUGUUAAUAGUAAUAAUACAACGACAAUAAGAAUGGAAAAUUCAAAGAGUAGUAAGAAUAUGGCGGUGGAGGAAUCGGUGGUCAAUCAGGAUAACAAUAUUGGUGCUAGUAAGAAUGAUGUUAAUAGUAAUAUGCCAACAAUUGUUAUUCCUCAUUCUUCGGAGAGUAGUAAUUCAACAAUUGCACAUCAUCAUUUGCCCUUCAAAGUUGUAAAUAACAUCCACAAUGAAAAAAGAAAUAAUUCUGUAGAUUCCUUCUCCUCUGUGAGUAUUUCUCCAACGACACCAUCCACUGCUGGAAGUAGCAUUACUGUAAAUUCAAAUAUUAGUUAUAAUAAUAGUCGAUUUGUAAAUACGAAUUUCACUUUUGGUUCAUCAGGCUCUUUGACAUUGACACCAACUGGUAUUCACUCUCCUUCAAUUCAAAAUUCUGCCUCUAUGAAUAAUUCAACAGGUACACUUCCGAGUGUUGAUUCACAAAAUAUACAUUUUUCAAUGCCAAUAGAGCAAGGUGGCCAAUCCUAUCAAAACUUGUCUGUGGAUACUUCUCAUCCUGAAUUUUUACCUGCCACCAAGUUGACAGGAACUAGUAAUUCUAGUUUUGGAUCGUUAAUCAAUGGAACAAGUACCCAAAACAGAAGUGUUCUCUCAGUGAGAUCAGUUGGCUCAAAUAUUGCCUUUGUGCCAUCUCCUGGUUCUUCCAAGACAAUAAUUUCUCCAGUGGCAGUUUCUUCAUCAGUUUCCUUCGCAAAUAAUACAAAGAAUAAUACCAUAAGCGACCCAGUUGCAUUGAAAGGUACUGAAUAUUAUCAUCAUGAUGAGGAUGAAAAGGACGAUUUUAAAAAUGAUGAAAUCUCUACCUUUAAGGAUGUGGAUUUGAAUCAAGAAGUUUCCGAUGAGGAUGAUGGAUCGUCUCAUAGAGAUUCAAUUGAUACUAACAGAAAGAGUGUGGAAUUGUUACUCAAGGAUAUUCCAACCUCUACUGGUAAAAGUGAUGAUUUUCAUAGAGAACGAUUGUGGAGACAUUUCACUAAAACUAAUAUUGCUUUUGGUGUUUACAAUUUAAUUAAUGAUGUUGUAUCACCAGCAACAAUUAGUUCAGGUUAUACUGUCGCUCAGUCUGGUAUUGGCGCCUAUGUUUUAACAUUGGUCAUUGUUGCCUGUUUGAUAUUUUUCACGUUGAUAAUUCUCUAUGAUAUGGCUAAUGCACAAAAAGUUACGAGUUUUCCUUCAUUGAUUAAGAAAACUUUUGGAAAUAUUGGAUAUAUUUUGAUUUGCAUAUUUAUAUUUUUGUUCAAUUUUGGAGCUGUUUGUUCUGAACUUAUUGAAAUUUCUCAAAUUUUGCCUGAUUUAUUGUAUGAGCUUAUUGGAAAGGAGUCAGUUUUCAUUUCAAGAUAUGCUGUACUUGUUUAUGUAACCAUUAUUUUGUUACCAAUUGCAUCUAUGAAGCAAUUAUCAAGCUUCAAGUAUGCUUCCCUCAUUUCUGUAACUAGUGUUGCCCUAAUUUCCAUCUUAUUGACCUAUGAGCUUGGUCUCGGUAGAAGAAAGGUUCCUUACAAUGAUUCAGUUUUUGAUUUUUUAAGACCUCAAUAUUUGAGCGCUAUGGGAACCUUGAGUUUUGUUUUUGUUUGCCAUGAUGUGAGUUUUGAGGUGAUUGGAUCACUCAAAAACAAUAGUAGAAAGCGUUACAUGAUUCUUGUAUUUUGCAUGCUUCUUUUGGCUGUUGGAGUUCUUCUUUUUAUGGGACUUUCGAGCUUUUUAUUGUUUUUCGAUGUCAAUUUGAAGGAUGCCAAUGUUUUGGAUUUAUUACCAAAGAAUUAUGGAUUGGCGAUUUUGGCAAGAAUUCUCCUUUGUGCCUCUCUUGGAUUAUCAAUUUCCUACACUUGUUUCAUGCCUCGAUUUGCCCUUAAGUCAGUAAUCAAGACAAUUUUGCAACAAUUCGACGAAGUUAAACAACAAAAGGAACAAUUCAAAACAAAACCAUUCACUAGUGAACCAUCCGACGAAAAUACAGUUACUGAAAGUGAGCUUACUGUAGUGAGUGCUGGAAAGGACUCUGAAGAGGAGGAUGCUGCAACAACUAGUGUCAAUGAAACUUCACCAACAAGUGAAAAUACCAAACACAAGAAUGCAGUCUUGGCAAGUAUUUCCAGAUUCUUUGCCACCAGAACAGGAAAAGACGCUCUCCACUACGGAACUACCUUAAUAGUUGUCCUGUCUGCUUUCAUUGUUGCAAUACUUGUGGAAAAUUUGGGAGUUAUUAUUGGACUCACAGGAGCCAUCAGUGCCACAACCAUCGCUUAUAUUUUCCCAAGUUUGACCUACAUUGUUUUGGAGAGAAGAGAACGAAAGGAAAUGAUUGCAAAACUAUUGGAAAAACAAGAUUAUGAAAUGGUCAAGAAUCACAAGGAAGCCAAGUCAACCAAUACCAGCAAGAAUAUCAAACUUUCACUUCCUUGGACAAGAAGGGCUGCUGUGGCCUUCUCUUAUUUUGUCUUGUUGACUGGAUUUGCCAUUCUUGUAUUGAGUUUAUCGAGUAUUAUUUAUUAUGCAGUUCAAUAAAGUUUUUACUAAACUUGAGAUUG